GAGCAGGGAGUGAGGAGGAAGCAGAGAAAGUUGUCAGAGGAGCGGAGGGGACGCGACCGGAUGGAAACCGAGGGCUCCGACGCGAGAUCAAAGGCGCCCGAGCCGCGCGCGAGCACAUGAACCAGAGCCGGUCCUGCGCGUGGACACGGAGACGCGGACAGGAAGAGGACACGGCUCGUCUCUUGUGGGUUUCUGCUCCGUAAAAGUGUCUUUAAGUUUCAGGGGCAGCGCGCGGCCCUUUCACCAACUCUUCCGGGAGGAUAAUUCAGAAAAGAAGAAGCGGCUUUUUCGUCGAGGAAGGAAGGAGGAGGGUGUUCCCUUCCGAGGAGUCCUGCUCGGCUUUAGGCGUUGGCACCCGGGAAGGGAGUCCCUCGCCAUGGCCGGGGCCAAGCCGGGAGUCCACGCGCUGCAGCUCGAAGCCGUGAAGGUCUCCGAAGUCCUUUUAAAGGGAGGCAAGUUCAUCAAAUGGGAAGAGGAGCCCGACAUCCUGGACAUCAACUUGAUCAGAGACACCAGAACAGGAAAGUACGCCCGGCAGCCAAAGGACCAGAAGACGAGGGGUUUGCUGGACUUAAACAAGGAGAUUCCCGAGGGGCGGCUGUUGACCAUCGUGUACGGCUCCGACCUGGUCAACGUCUCGUUCCUCAACUUCCUUGCUCUGCAGGAGGAAACGGCAAAGAUUUGGGCAGAAGAGCUCUUCUCAAUUACCAAAAACAUUAUUUCCCGCAAUGAAUCCCGUAUGAACUACAUAUACAAAGUGUAUAUCAAGCUAAAGCUUUAUGAAAAUCAGGAGGGGAAUAUUUUAUUGAAGCAUUUUCACAAGUUGUUCUCUGAUAAAAGACGGGUGGAACAAUCCCUGGACCAGUGUGGGCUCCUCGUCAACAAGCUAAUUGGAGUAAAAGCAAAGAAUUUAACGGUUAAAACUUUUAUGGAUUUUCUCGACAACUUGACUGCACGGCCCGAGUUAGAAAAGAUCUUUGAAGAAUGUGGCUCUAAGAGGAAGCCAUUUAUCACUUUGGACCAGUUCAUGGAGUUCCUCAACCACAAGCAGCGAGACCCCAGGCUGAACGAGGUGCUGUACCCUCCGCUGAAGAAGGACCAGGUUCGGCAGAUCAUGGAAAAAUACGAGCUCAACCACAGCCGGCUGGACCGAGAUCAGAUCAGCAUGCAGGCGUUCAAUAACUAUCUGAUCGGAGAGGAGAACUUCAUCAUACCUCCAGAAAGGCUGGAUCUCAUCGACGACAUGAACCAGCCACUGUCCCACUACUUCAUAAACUCCUCUCACAACACAUACCUCACGAUGGGUCAGCUUGCGGGUCCGUCGUCCGUUGAGAUGUACAGGCAGGUUCUUCUGACCGGCUGUCGCUGCGUGGAGCUGGACUGUUGGAAAGGCCGAACAAACGAGGAGGAGCCGUACAUCACCCAUGGCUUCACCAUGACCACUGAGAUCUCCUUCAAGGAAGUGCUGGAAGCGAUCGCAGAGAGUGCGUUCAAGGCCUCACCGUACCCUGUCAUCCUGUCAUUUGAAAACCACGUCGAGUCCCCAAAACAGCAGGCCAAGAUGGCGGAGUACUGCAAAACCAUCUUCGGAGACGCGCUGCUCGUUGAGCCACUGGAGAAAUAUCCGCUGAAAAAAGAACAGCCACUUCCCUCGCCGCAGGAUCUGCUCGGAAAGAUUCUCAUUAAAAACAAGAAGAAGCAUAAACCCAAGAGCAAGGGCAGCAUACGGCGCAAAGAGGAGCCGUCGUUACCCGUCAACGGAGGAGAAGGAGAAAGCGAAGACGACGAGGAAUACGAACCUGUGACUGAGCCGAAAGGGUCCAACAGCGAAGAGGGUACCGCUAGCGAUGAGGUUGUGGCCACAGAGGAGAUGUCGAACCUCGUCAACUACGUUGAGCCUGUGAAAUUCAAGAGCUUCGAGGUGGCAACCGAAAGGAAGAAGUUCUUCGAGAUGUCAUCGUUUGUGGAAACCAAAGGCCUGGACCUCGUGAAGAGUUUCCCCGUUGAGUUUGUUGAGUACAACAAGAACCAGCUGAGCCGAAUCUACCCCAAAGGAACGAGGGUAGACAGCUCCAACUACAUGCCUCAGCUCUUCUGGAAUGUUGGUUGCCAGAUGGUGGCGUUAAACUUUCAGACUCUCGAUCCUGCCAUGCAGCUGAACAUGGGGGUAUUUGAAUACAAUUUAAACUGCGGCUACCUACUAAAACCGGAGUUCAUGAGAAGACCGGACAAACACUUUGACCCUUUCACAGAAAACAUUGUGGAUGGAAUUGUUGCCAAUACAGUCAAGAUAAGGGUGAUCUCAGGCCAGUUCGUGACAGAGAAAAAGGUGGGAGGUGUGUACGUGGAGGUGGACAUGUUUGGACUCCCAGCUGAUACGAGGAGGAAGUUCCGAACCAAAACAUGCGUGGCGAACUCAAUGGACCCUUUGUGGGACGAGGAAACUUUUGUCUUUAAUAAAGUGGUUCUACCUUCACUGGCCUCUUUGAGGAUAGCGGUGAUGGAGGAUAACGGCAAGUUUAUCGGACACCGAAUUCUCCCCGUUUCUGCCAUCAGACCCGGCUACCGCUACGUCAACUUGAAAAAUGAGCUGAACCAGCCACUAAUGCUGGCCUCCCUGCUGGUUUAUACAGAAGUUAUGGACUACAUUCCCAAUGAGCACCAAGAAUAUGCUGAUGCUUUGACCAACCCCAUCAAGCACAUCAUUGGGAUGGACAAGAGAGCGGACCAGCUCGCUGCUCUGAUUGAUGGCUUUUACCCUGAGGAUGACGUCCUCGAAACUGAUGCAGAAAUCAACAAAGAGAAUCAGGUUUUUAAAACGGAUCCGCUCCCCUGCCUCUUACAACCGCUUCCCACGAGUCUUCCAGAGGAUUCCCCAGACAUCAUCAGGAUACCUACACAAGUACCUCCACGAGAUACUCAUGUAGCGUCUGUCCUGACAGAGAUCCAGGUUUUGUCUCUAAAAGAACUGAAGGAGCACAAGAGUUACGAUAAAGUAAUGAAGAAACAGAUUAAAGACUUGAAAGAGCUGAAGAAAAAACACCAGAAGAAGCUUCAGGCAGAAAGCCAGAAAAAAGAUAAAAACUUCAAACGUAGCAUCAAGAAAGGUGAAUCUGAGGAAACCAGUGCACAGAAGCUACGGGAGCAGCAGAUGCAGGAACUUCUAAAUCUCCGGCAGCAGCUUCACUUGCAAGAAGGAGUGAUGCGACAAGAACAGUUAGUCGAGGAGUUGAAGAAGCUGAAGGAGUUGGCGGUUGAAUGUCAGGCAGCUCAGGUGAAGAAGCUCAAGGAGAUCUGCGACCGGGAGAAGAAGGAGCUCCAGAAGAUCCUGGACAGGAAACGACAAAACAGCAUCAGUGAAGCCAAGAUCAAAGACAAAGAGAAGCCCGAAAAGGAUCUCGAGGAGAUCAACAGGAAACAUAUUAACGACUCUGUGGCCUCGCUACGCAAGCUGGAGGACGAGCAGAACAGGAGACAGGACAACAUCAAACUGAAGCACCAGGAGCUGCUGUAUUAUUUAGACGAAACUCUUCCUGUCCUGCUCCGGGCUCAGCUGGAUCAAGAGCUGGAAGAGGAGUCUCGUGCGCUGCCCGAAGAGAUCUGCCGGCUCCUCCAGAUGAACCUCCAGAACAAAGACCUUCAGAACGACGCCCUGCACUCGUCCAAUCACAGCAGCCCCAGCUCGGGCCAGCCCUCCAACUGCUCCACGCCGCUGUUCCCCUCGACGCCCGACCGACGCAACCAGAACAACAGAGACGGCGGCAUGUCCGACUCGAGCUCCACCACGCCCAUCCUGUCUGAGGCAGAGAUGUCGUUUGAAAGCUUCAAGCAUCGACGAAAGUCUCUUGAGAUCGUCAUCGUUUAG